AUGGCAAAGUUAAACAUUGUUCAUCUUGGUAUCCUAUUGAUCUUAUGUUCUGUACUUUUUACUGAAACUCUACUUGCACAAGGGUUUCUGGAUGUUUGCCGCAAUGAUUUACUAGAAUUAAGAUCGUACCAGAAACCCAUUCGUCGUUAUCCUCCGAUUUGUCUACCAAGAGAAUAUGAUUCACUCGAAGAACCUGAAGCUCAAAAUAGAAGAUCAACUAAAACUUUUUCUCCCCCCGAGAAACGCUCCGAACUUUUAGAUGAUAUUGUUUGUGAAUUAUGGGAACGUCCAGACAAAAUACUAUCGCAAUAUUUAGAAUGUCCACCACCGCAAUGUCAUGAAUGUAUACAACCACCACCAUGCGAAGAAUGCAUACUAAUUCCUCCCUGCGAAGAACCACCACCAUGCGAAGAAUACAUUCUGAUUCCUCCUUGUGAAGAACAUCCACACCCACCACCAUGCGAAGAAUGCAUUCCGAUUCCUCCUUGUGAAGAACAUCCACACCCACUACCGUGUGAAGAACAUUCAUACCCACCACCUUGUAACGAAUAUCCACCACCUUGUAAUGAACACCCACACCCAUUACCUUAUGAAGAGUGCCCACAUCCGCCACCUUGUGAAGAGUGUCAAUGUAAUGAGUACCCACAACCCUGUAAGUCAUAUGUACUGCCUUGCGAUUGUGACCACAAAAAUCCUCCACGACCUUGUGAGCCAUCACCUUGUACAUCAUGUCCACCACCUUGUAAUGGAGUCCAAUUUCCUGAACAGAUGACUGCUGAAGCAGAUAUGUCAUUUAGACAUGCAUCAAUUGUGGUUAAAAAAUUUCCCGACUUACCUUUAUCUUCAAACAAUUUAAGUGAAUCCUUUUAUCACACCAAUUCUGAUGAUGAUUCUAAUUUUAAUAUGGACCUUGCAAAAGAAAUUGGUGCCUCGACUAUGCGUGCAGUCUAUGCGAUUGGUCUGGCAUUACUUCAAAUUCAUCCUCUUUUGUAUAUCGUUAACUGGUCUGAGCCGGUAUGUUCAAUAAUUGCUGGAGGUUUCUUUUUUAGUUCCAUAGCAAGUAUUAGUUUUGUUGGCAUAUCAUCAUUAAUGAGCUGGCUCAUAGUAUGCAAAAAAGUACAAUUUGAUUUAGGCGCAUAUGAUUACAAAUUAUUUAUUAUUCCAUUUGGACUCUCGGCUUUUUUAACAGCUAUUUCUGCGUCUACAUUUGGCAGUGAUCAAUUUUGGUGUUAUACUCCUGAUGAAUUUAUCAUAGUUCCAAUUUGUUUAAUAACCGUUGAUUUGACAAUUCUUGUAAUCUCCUUGUUUUGCUAUUUAAGCAUUCUAAGGAAAAUUACAAAUUUUGAUUUCAAAGAACAGUUCUCUUCUGCGUCAAGAAAAAUCGUAAGUUAUAUCUUGGUCUAUAUAGUUCAAUGGGUACCUCUUAUAGCAUAUUUGAUUUUAGAUAUGACAGAAAAUAGUUUAAAGACCCAAAUUUCUGAAAAUCUUGGUCAAAUAUGGCAGGCAAAACCAGGUCAUCCGAUUUGGGACCCUAAUUGCAAUCAAUGA